AUGAUUGUGAGCGUCAAAGCGCCUAAAUCGCCAGGUCCAGGAGGCUCGAAGUUGGGGAAAAUGAGCAAGUUACUUCCGCCUUCUCCUUUGCCGACGUGCCCAGAAACAUCCACGCGUGCUCCAUCAUCAUCCACAUCCACGCGUGCACCAUCAUCGUCCACAUCCACGAGUGCGCCAUCAUCAUACACAUCCACGCGUGCGCCAUCAUCAUCCACAUCCACGCGUGCGCCAUCAUCAUCCACAUCCACGCGUGCGCCAUCAUCAUCCACAUCCACGCGUGCGCCAUCAUCAUCCACAUCCACGUUUGCGCCAUCAUCAUCCACAUCCACGCGUGCGCCAUCAUCAUCCACAUCCAUGCGUGCGCCAUCAUCAUCCACAACCACGCGUGCGCCAUCAUCAUCCACAUCCAAGCGUGCGCCAUCAUCAUCCACAUCCACGCGUGCGCCAUCAUCAUCCACAUCCACGCGUGCGCCAUCAUCAGCCACAUCCAUGCGUGCGCCAUCAUUUGCGCCAUCAUCAUCCACGUUUGCGCCAUCAUCAUCCACAUCCACGCGUGCGCCAUCAUCAUCCACACCCACGCGUGCGCCAUCAUCAUCCACGUGUGCGUCAUCAUCAUCCACAUCCACGCGUGCGCCAUCAUCAUCCACGUUUGCGCCACUUACCAGCGAGAAGAAAGGCAAUCCUCGCGUCACGCGCGUCCUGUUCCAAAGGCCACACUGGCACCAAGCGACCGCAUACAGCCGCACCCCUGCCACGUC